UCGGCCUUUUGGCUAAGAUCAAGUGUAGUAUCUGUUCUUAUCAGUUUAAUAUCUGAUACGUGGGCCAUCGGCUCACAUGAUAUUAAAUUAAUUUUUCAAGGGGGAGGAUCCACCAUGGUAGCUUGCUGCCAGGGCCCUCGAGCGUCGCCCAUGCGUUGCACUACAGCUUGGGCCUGGCGCACCCCUCCAAUAACCAGUUAAAAUUCUUCGAUCAUUCUCUCUGAAUGCGCUAGUAAAUCGUUUUUAUUUUGUAUCUUCAAACAUCAGAGGAUUCAUUUUAUUAUAUAUAUUAUUAUCAAACAUGCUUCUUGUUCCUAGGCGGACUUCUUCUGAUAGGAAAAUAACUAGAGCAGAGAAUUUGUUAGUACAUUUAAUAAUUUAUCAAACAGAACUAUAAAUCGCAUUUUGCACAUUACCUGAAUUUGACAUUUAGGGAAAAUUUCCAUAUCCUACUAUAAAAUAUUUUAGGAAAUUCGACACCCCUAUACGUCUUAACUAUAGAGUUAGACUUCAUGAAGAAAAUCUUUGAGCAUUCUGUUUGAUCCUAUCCCCAUUCAGAAGGAAGAGAAUAACCACCAUUGAAGCAACUUGAAGGUGAAUUGAGUUGGAGCGAUGGGGAUGGUAUAAGAGAGGCAAUUUCAAAGAUGGAGUUGAAAAAAUUCGAAGAAUUAGAGGUGGAAGUGUGCUUAACUAUUAAAAGGACUGAUUGUCAUUGCAAGUAUUAACAAAUUUUAAUAAAGUUGAAGAAUGCAAUAAUAAUCCACAUAGAAAAAUAAUAUUAAAAAAGAAAUAAAAAGAAAAGGAUAUCUCCUGCGCCGGACUGCACGUAGAACCGUCCGUACCAAAUAAUCGGGGAACUAUCACUCUAAGCGGAGCCGGACCUCCUCUUGACUUAUUUACGUAUUUCUCCAUUACCAAAAAGAGGCCGCUAAAGAAGAGAAACAAAUUGAUUGAACAAAGAAAAGCUAACCAGUUCGCCGGAGAAUCACCAACCAUGUGGAGGAGAUUGCUCUCUUUGCACCUCAAUGCCCUAAAACGUCUUCCUUCAUCAUCGACGGCAGCAUCUGCUGCUCCAUCCGGAUCCAUUUCCACAGCCUCACGACUUGCUGUUGCUGCUUCAUCUCGUGUUUCUCCCUCACCUUGCGUUUCGCUCUUCGCUCGCCAUUUCAGCGCUGAGGCUGCUGUUGAUGCUGGUCUGCGAAAGAAUGUUGAGGAUGUAAUGCCGAUUGCAACCGGUCACGAGCGUGAAGAGCUUGAAGCUACGCUUGAGGGAAGAGACAUCCUUGAUAUAAACAACCCUGUAGGUCCUUUUGGCACUAAGGAAGCUCCUGCUGUUAUAAAGUCAUAUUACGAUGAAAGAAUAGUUGGGUGCCCUGGAGGUGAAGGCGAGGAUGAGCAUGAUGUUAUCUGGUUUCGGCUGAGGAAAGGCGAGCCACUUGAAUGCCCUGUGUGCACGCAGUAUUUCGCGCUGGAAGUAGUUGGACCUGGAGGAUCGCCAGAUGGUUAUGGAGAUGACGACGAUCACCAUCACUGAUUGCAUACAUUUUUUCUAGAAUAAACUGGUACUUUUAAAGAAAGAGAUUUCAAGCUGUGUGUAUUCGCAGUUGUUGCUUCAGCAAAAAUAGAAAUCUGAGUUUUUUCCCUGUCAAUUAGAGAUAGAACGGGUGUCUUCCUUUGGAAGAUACAAAUCCUUUUAGGCUUUCUUUUAUGUGUUACCAAAUAAUUGGAGGCUUCUUGAUUCUUUUACCAUGACCCAGGUGGUACUACAAUAAUAACACACACCCCAUUUUGAUAUUAAUAGAUAAUUUGAGAAACUUGCUAAAUUCAUUCUCUUUAUGAA